CAGCCAACUUCACAUUAUUGCUGUCAAAGUGAGAUUUUUCUAAAGGUUUUCCGCAGUUCUAUUUUUCGCGAAAAACUCGGUGAAAAUGCUUGGUGCCCGUUCAGCCCUCGCGAGAUUAGCUGCCCAGAGCUUGAAGGGUAGGGCAGUUUCUGCUCGUUGCUACCAUGGGAAGAAUCCUCAUGCUCCCUCUACGAUGAAUGACUUGCCCACACCCCAGGGGGACUUCUUCGAGCUCCAUGCCAGGCGACAGGCUAGAUACAAUCGUGCUCUCAUCAUUGGAAUUGUCACCUUUGCAGGAACAAUGGUAGUGGCCAAGGAAAGUGGUCUGCUGCACUUCAACUGGUCCCCACCAGAUACCUACGAGUAAAUCCUGUUAGUCCUAAAAGCUACCUAGUUCAUGUCAGAGAGAGUAUUUGAAAUAAAUUCUUGGUAAAAUGCCA